CCAUGAGUCGGAGCUGACUGGACAGCAACUAACAACAAUAACUUCUUCCUCACCACUCCCUGAGGGCUUUUUCAGUAUUCUGGUGUGGAACAAAACAACCUUUUGUUUCCCUUAGCAUUUUAUUAGCAAGCUAUAUAGCCUUACUGAUCCUCUCUUACAGUGCUUGUUAUCCUCUAGUAUUUGUCCUCAGUUAUAUGUCAUUCGUUCUUUCCAUCUUUUAAAUUACCUGUACACGCAUACUUGUUUUGAGUUUAGGAAUAAGACAGAAAUUUCAUCAUACUAACCCUGAUCAGUUCUGUCAGGAACAUUAUACUGAAGAAUAGAGGGCCCCUUCCAGGCCCAAAGGGGAAAGAAUCUGUACGUUGUUGGGAGUUGUGUGAGUGUGGUAUUGGAAAACAUGCUGUGGCAAACAUUUGGCUAUGACUUUCCCGUUCUUUUGGAAUUGGCACCUAUUGUGGUUAUAGACAAUUGCAUUUUUAAGAAUCACCUUCUGUUUUAGACUCUUCCUACAGCGAAACUGUGUCGAUUUCCUGUGAAUUCUCUGAAAUAUCCUGUUUUAAAAUCUAGGAUAUGUGUUUAUGUUCAGGUCACUUUCUUUCUAGCUGUUAAUAAGACCAGGCAUACUAUUAAUUAAUAACAAUCCCAAAAUUUUCAGAGGUUUAAAACAGCGUUUUAUUUUAUGUUCAAGCUACAAGUGUGUUACAGAUCAGCUGGGGGCUUUGCCCCCUGUUAUCCUCUUCGUGGGACUUGGACUGACAGAGAAGAUAAUAUAGAUAUCAGUAGGAAAACUUGCCGAAAGAAGAAAUUUUUCAAGAGAAAUUUGAAAAUAGUAAAAGAGAAGGUAUUUGGCAGCAGAUGCGGAAGACAGCAUAGAAAUUUUACUUCAUUCAUUGAACAGAUUCAUUCAACCAAACUUUCUUGAACAUCGACUGUGAGCUCGGUUUUGUGCUAGGUAAUAGAACACAGCAGUGAACAAAAUAGACAAGAUUUCUUGCUCAUAUACAGCUUCUGCUGAUGAUGUCUUCUAGCUUCAGUAUAUUUAGAGUUGGAUUCUCUUUUGUCAUGAUGUGCAUUUUUAAUAAGUCAACAGUAGUCACUCUACCUGAACUGAGUCCUCAGAAAUAUUUUAGUACAUUGCAGUCAGGAAAAGCUUCUUUAGCUUAUUUUUGUCAAGCUGAUUCUCCAGGUACCUCUGUAUUUCUUGAAGAACUGAAAGAAGCUGUUAAACCUCUCCAAGAUUAUGGAAUUUCAGUUACAAAGGUUAAUUGUGUCAGAGAAGAAACAUCAAGAUACUGUGGGAAAGAAAAGGAUUUGAUGAAAGCAUAUUUAUUCAGGGGCAACAUAUUACUCAGAGAAUUUCCUACUGAUAGUUUAUUUGAUGUGAAUGCCAUCGUUGCUCAUGUUCUCUUUGCUCUUCUUUUUAAUGAAGUAAAAUAUAUUACUACUCUGGAAGACCUUCAGAACAUAGAAAAUGCUCUGAAAGGAAAAGCAAAUAUUGCAUUUGCAUAUGUAAGAGCCAUUGGAACAUCAGAGCACAGAGCAGUCAUGGAAGCUGCUUUUGUGUAUGGGACCACAUACCAAUUUGUCUUAACCACAGAAAUUGCCGUUUUGGAAAGUAUUGGUACUGAAGAUAUAGAAUAUGCACAUCUGUACUUCCUUCAUUGCAAACCAGUCUUGGAUUUCAUCCAGCAGUGUAGAAGAACACUAAUGGAACAGCCAUUGACUACACUGAACAUUCAUCGAUUUAUUAAGACAAUGGAAGCACCUUUGCUGACUGAAGUUGCUAAAGAUCCUCAGCAAGUUUCAACUAUUCAUCUCCAACUAGGAUUACCACUAGUUUUUAUUGUUAGUCAACAAGUCACAUAUGAAGCUGAUAGAAGAACUGCAGAAUGGGUUGCUUGGCGUCUUCUGGGAAAAGCUGGAGUUCUACUCUUGUUAAGGGACUCUUUGGAAGUGAACAUUCCUCAGCACGCUAAUGUGGUCUUUAAAAGAGCAGAAGAGGGAAUGCCAGUAGAAUAUUUGGUGUUAGAUGAUAUUGAUUUAAUAAUAUCCCGUGUGGAAAGUAAUGUGCACACCCAGGAAAUCCAAGAAGAUGAAGACGAUGACAUGGAGGAUCCAGAUAUGGAAACUGAAGAUGAUGAAGUGGCUGAAACUGUUUAUAGAGAUAGGAAGAGGCAGUUACCUUUGGAACUCACAGUGGAACUAACAGAAGAGACGUUUAACACAACAGUAAUGGCUUCUGACAGCAUAGUGCUCUUCUAUGCUGGCUGGGAAGCAGUAUCCAUGGCAUUUCUGCAGUCAUAUCUUGAUGUGGCAGUUAAAUUGAAAGGCACAUCCAAUAUGUUACUUUCUAGAGUAAACUGUGGAGAUUGGUCUGACGUAUGUACUAAGCAAAAUGUUACUGAAUUUCCUUUUGUAAAGAUGUACAAGAAAGGUGAGAACCCAGUGUCUUAUGCUGGUAUGCUAGGAACUGAAGAUCUCCUAAAAUUUAUUCAGCUCAACAGGAUUUCAUGUCCAGUGAACAUAACAUCUGUCCAAGAAGCAGAAGAAUAUUUAAGUGGGAAAUUAUUUGAAGACCUGCUCUCCUAUUCUAGUGUGUCAGUACUGGGAAUAUUUAGCCCAACCAUGACAAGAGCAAUAGAAGACUUCACUGAAGCAGGAAACUAUCUAAGAGGCUAUGUCAUCACUGGAGUUUAUUCUGAAGAAGAUGUUUUGAUAUUGUCAAAUAAAUACACUACAACUAUUCCAGCCCUGCUGCUUGCCAGACACAAAGAAGGAAAAAUAGAGAGCAUUCCACUGGCUAACACCCAGGCCCAAGACAUAGUUCAAAUAAUAACAAACGCGUUACUGGAAACAUUUCCAGAAAUCACUGUGGAAAAUCUUCCCACUUAUUUACGACUUCAGAAACCAUUACUUAUUUUGUUCAGUGAUGGAAGCAUAAAUCAUAAGUACGAAGAAGUAAUAUUGACACUGAUAAAACAGAAACACUUAGAUUCACUUACCCCUUGCUGGUUAAAUCUAAAGAAUACUCCUGUGGGGAGAGGAAUCCUGCAGGCAUAUUUUGAUCCUCUGCCUCCCCUUCCACUUCUUGUUUUGGUGAAUCUGCAUUCAGGUGGCCAAGUAUUUGCAUUUCCUUCAGACCAGUCUAUAACUGAACAAAAUCUUUUAUUGUGGCUUCAGAAAUUAGAAGCAGGACUAGAAAGUUAUAUCAGAAUUUUACCUGCUGAGGAAUGGAAACCUCCUCUUCCAGCUUAUGAUUUUCUAAGUAUGAUGGAUGAUGCAACAUCUCAGCAUCCCAUUAGGAAAGCUCCUAAGUGUAUGAAAGAAACUGAUGUGCAGGAGAAUGAUAAGGAACAACAUGAAGAUAAAUCGACAGUCAGAAAAGAACCAGUUGAAACAUUGAGAAUAAAGCAUUGGAGUAGAAGUAAUUGGUUUAAAGAAGCAGAAAAAUCUUUCAGGCAUGAAAAAGAGUUAUGAUGCUCAAAAGUGAGCCGAUUUCAUAGGGCUUUGGGAAGCUUUCCAAAGUUUUAUUGGCUUAUUUGAUAGGCUUAAUUUAUUUCUUUAAAGAAUAAUAAUAAAUACGUGAAGUUUCUAGACCAGUGCUGUCUAGUAAGAAGUAUAAUGCAAGCCACAUGUGUAAUUGAAAUUUUCUAGUAGCCACAUUAAUAAAAAAGGUAAAAAGAAACAGGUGAAAUUAAUUUAUUUCACCUAAUAAUUAUACCAAAAUAUUAUGAUCUCAACAUGCAAUCAGUGUAAAAAUUGAUGAGAUAUUUUACACUUUUUUUUGCAAUAAGUCUUCAAAAUCCAGUGUAUAUUUUAUAGGUACUGCAGCAUAUCAAUUCAGACUUGCCACAUUUCGGGUGCUCAGUAGCCACAUGUGUCUAGUGACUACUGUAUUGGAUAGCUCAGCUCUAGACAAAAAGUGGUUUAAUUAAUUUAACUUAGCUCUAGCCAUGAUAUAUAUUUGAAUUAAGAUUAAAAUGUAAACUCCAGUUUAAUAACAGUUAACAGUGGAGUCAUACAGCUAGUAGUUGUAUUUACUUUGUUGAAUUCAGAUGUUAAAACUGGUGUUUCUCAACCAGGGGGAGAUUUUGCCCCCAGGGGACAUUUGGCAAUGUCUGGGGAAAUUUUUGGUAGUCGUGACUAGGGGGCUGCUAUUGGCAUCUAGUGGGUAGAGGCGAGGGGUGCUGCUAAACAUCUUGCAAUGCAUAGGACAGUCCACCACAACAAAAAAAGUUAUCUGGUCCAAAAUGUCUAUAGGGCUAAGGUUGAGAAACCUCGUAUUAAACUAACCUAUGGCCGACUGGAAUCUUUGAGUUUUCUGGUUCUGCUUAAUUAACAUGUUUGAGAAAAAUCUUGGUUAUUAAAGAUAAAUAUUAGGUGGUCUUAUCCUCAUUAUUAGCUGGACACAGUCUUAUCUUUUCUUAUAAAUUUAUUUUUAUAGUGUUUUCAACAAGUGAUGAGAAGUAAUCCUAAAAAGGACUCAGAGUUCUACAUGUAUAUAUAUUUAAGAGAAUCUUAAAACAUGCUCUUAUUUCUACAGCUGAUAUUGCUAAAUUUCACAUUAAAUAGUAAUUAAGCAUUCUGUCAUCCUCACAAAAAGAGAGGCUCCCUCAUAGUUAUCAUGUCUGAAAUUUAGCCUUACAAGCUUGGGCAAAUCAGUUGGUCUCCUUAGGCCAUAGGGCCUCAUCUAUAAAAUGAAAGGGCUAGACUAGUGAAAAAAUUAACUUUUCAUUCAAAAAGCACUCUUAUUAGACUGACCUGUUUAUAGCAGUUGUUUGUCUCAUUUUCUUGUGUGCAUUUUUUGAGAUAUUUGUUGAGAACAUUCUUUUUGGUGCUCCACUGUAUUUCUGCUUGUAAUAUCUACUUGGAGUAUCUUGUUCUCAAAGUUUUCUCCACAUAUUGUUUACCUAGUACAACUUUUAUAAC